CUCUCCUCUUGUCGUCAGUUGUUCAUUCUUAUUAGGAAAAGAGGGAGCUUUGCUGUUGGGCUCAGUCAGGAUAGAGGGAUGCUCCUCUCUUGGCUUUAGUUGUCAAGGUGAAAAUAAACUUUUUCGGUCUCCUCCUCAGCUGUAAGCAGCCACUUGGACUCCACAAUUUUUUUGCUUUCCAACUUCAUUAUUAUUAUUAUUUUUUUUUUUUCCUAAUUUUUUACUUCGUAAUCGGUUAUUCCGAGCUGCCUGCUACAGCCCCGCUGGGUCGCGAUAGAAAACAAGAAGGAGGAUGGAGACGAGCCCCAUCCCGGUGGUGACGGUCCAAACCGCCCCCUUUGAGGACCAGCGGCCCGGCACCAACGGGCUGCGGAGGAAGACUGCGGUGUUUGAGGGAAAGAAGAACUACCUGCAGAACUACAUCCAGAGCCUCCUGUCCUCCAUCGACCUGCGGGACAGACAGGGCUGCACCAUGGUGGUGGGCAGCGACGGCCGCUACUUCAGCCGGGCUGCCAUCGAGGUGAUAGUGCAGAUGGCAGCUGCCAAUGGGAUUGGUCGUCUGGUAAUCGGUCUCAAUGGCCUUCUUUCCACUCCUGCCGUGUCAUGCAUCAUAAGGAAAAUCAAGGCAAUUGGUGGAAUUAUCCUCACGGCGAGCCACAACCCCGGAGGUCCUGGCGGAGACUUUGGAAUUAAGUUCAACGUGGCUAACGGAGGGCCGUCUACUGACACGGUGAUGGAGAGAAUCUCUCAGGUGAGCCGGACUCUGGAGGAGUAUGCCAUCUGCCCAGAUCUGCGCAUUGAUCUCUCAAGGCUUGGAAGACAAGAGUUUGAUCUUGAGAACAAGUUCAAACCUUUUAGAGUGGAGAUCGUAGACUCAGUUGAAGUCUACCUACAAAUGCUGCGAAACAUCUUUGACUUCUCUGCCAUUAAAAGUCUCCUCACAGGACCAGAUCAGCUGAAGAUACACAUAGAUGCCAUGAAUGGAGUGAUGGGUCCCUAUGUAAGAAGGAUUCUGUGUGACGAGCUCGGGGCACCGGCCAAUUCUGCUGUCAACUGCGUCCCCCUAGAGGACUUUGGUGGUCGACCACCGGAGCCUAACCUGACCUACGCCACCUCUCUGGUAGAUGCUAUGAAAGGGGGCGAGUUUGGAUUUGGAGCGGCGUUUGAUGCAGAUGGGGACCGGUACACGAUCCUCGGAGAAAAUGGCUUCUUUGUGAACCCUUCGGACUCGGUUGCAGUCAUAGCUGCGAACCUCUCCACCAUCCCUUAUUUCAGACAACAUGGCACCAGGGGCUUUGCUAGGAGUAUGGCCACCAGCACAGCCCUCGACAGGGUAGCCAAAGCCAUGAAGCUGGCCCUUUAUGAGACUCCCACAGGCUGGAGGUACUAUGGGAACCUGAUGGAUUCUGGGCGCUGUUCCCUAUGUGGGGAGGAGAGCUUUGGAACUGGUUCUGACCACAUUCGUGAGAAAGAUGGCCUGUGGUCAGUGUUGGUAUGGUUGUCCAUCAUAGCAGCCAGGAAACAAGGCGUGGAGCAGGUUGUCAGGGAGCACUGGGCCAGAUUUGGACGCAACUACUUCUGCAGGUUUGACUAUGAAGGCUUGGACCCACGUGCAGCCUUUUACCUGAUGAGGGAUCUGGAGACAGUAAUCUCAGACAAGGCUUUCAGCAAUCAGAAGUUUGCUGUUGGAGAUCAUGUCUACAGCGUGGAGAAGGCAGAGAACUUUGAGUACAUUGACCCAGUGGACGGGACAGUCGCUCGGAACCAGGGUUUAAGGAUCAUCUUCACCGACUCUUCCCGCCUUGUGUUUCGGAUGAGCGGCAGCGGUGGAGGGACGGGUGCCACCAUACGCAUUUAUGCUGAGAGCUUUGAGAGAGACCCUGAGAGACACAGCAGAGAGACCCAGGUGGUGCUGGGUCCUCUCAUUGCCAUCGCCCUGAAGCUCUCCAACAUUCAUGAGAGGACAGGACGGCGCGGCCCAAACGUCAUCACAUGAGUUAAAAGAGAAUGAGGGAGAUACACACGCACCUACACACACCCACACACACGCACACACCCAUUAUUUGCAUCUAUUAUGCCCACACUGAUAAAUUAUACUUAUUUCUGCAGCUUCACUUUGCUUGAAACAGCUAUUAACCCGAGAUUUUUUUGUGUGUGUGCUGGAAUUUGUCUCUCAAAGACAAAAAUGUCACAGCUGCACAUCUAUGUUCAUUUUUGUUCACAAUAAAAAGUCAGAUAUUGAUAAACAUGAAGCAAAAUUAAAUAAUGUAGUAGUUACACAGUGGAAGCUAUAAAAGCAAUAAACACAAACUUGACGACAGAA